AUGGAUAAAUGUUUUGCCGUAUGCGGCUGUGAUGACCUGGAAGGAAUAACUAAUUCAGAUUUAGAUCGUUUUACGGAUAAAAUUGAAAAUGUGUUAAACGACGAAAAAGGGAGACGACUUUUCAGGAACUUCAUGUUUUCUAGUAAUAUGAAGCAUGGAAGAAGAGCAUUAGACUUUUGGGAGCAUAAUGAAAGGCUACUUAAUUAUUCUAUGGAUGCCGACAGUGUUUCUUUUCGGAAUUAUUUAAAAGAUGUGGGCCGUCUUCUUGAUGAAGCUGAAAGAAUAGAAGAAUUAGACUUCGCAUCAGUGGAAAGACUGGCAGCAGCUCAUGAAGGUGGGAGCAAGGAAGAGAUAGCAGAAGCACUUAAAAUAAUUAAGCUUGAUAUUACCAAAGCCCUCCGAAGAGAAUAUUUUGCAUUUAGACUCCGAUUCAUACCACCUAAGCAUCAAUAG